AUGAAGGGGACUUCCACUAGUAGUGUCGACAUCGUACUCCCAGUCCCCACAUCCCCAAUCUCCACAUCCCAAACCAGUAGCCCGAUAACGAAGCCCACCCAGCCCACAAGCCUCCAGUCGGAGCCGCUCAUUGACAAUGACAGCGGGCUGCUGUGGACAGGCUCAAUUGAGAUUGGGACACCUCCGCAGAGUUUCAUUGUUUGCUUCGACACAGGCUCGGCCGACCUGUGGGUUGCGUCGUCUCAGUGCAACGGGUGCGAUGCUCAAGACACUUACGAUGCGUCGUCCUCGUCGACAAGCCAGGAACAGCAAGGCACUUUCCAAAUUUCAUAUGAAGGUGGCCAGGAUGUCACCGGGCCGAUCUAUACGGACACUGUGAGCGUCGCAGGCGUGAAUGUCAGUGGGCAGUAUUUCAGCCCUGUAACGCAAGCAUCAGACAUGAGCAAUGAAUUCCCGCUGGAUGGCAUCUUGGGCAUGGGGUGGCCUCAGUUGUCCAAUCUCCAGCAGGACCCAUAUUUCUUCAGCGCAAUCUCGCAGAAUGCUGUGCAGCAAGGCGUAUUUGGGUUCUACCUCGCGGCGAACAACUCAGAACUGUACCUUGGUGGAACGGACUCCACGCUUUACACGGGCUCGAUCGAGUAUCAUGCUCUCGCCUCUGAUUCUGAAGGCUGGUGGCAGAUUGCCAACGCGAGUUUCCUUGUGAACGGACAGUCAGCCGCAUCCGGCUUUGAGACCAUCAUUGAUUCUGGCUCUACAUUUAUGUACGCCCCGGUGGAAGCCGCCGCACAGGUGUACGGGACCAUCGAGGGCGCGCAGCAAACUGAGGAAGGAUUCUACAUGUUCCCGUGUAGUUCGGCUCCCACGGUCGCUUUCAGCUGGGGUGGCAAUAACUGGGAGAUCCCUGCGGACAGCUUCAACUUGGGCGAGGUCGAAGAAGACUAUUGUUUGGGCGCGCUCAUAUCUGCUGAUAUGGGUACCAAUGCGUGGACGGUCGGUGAUGUAUUCUUGACGAACGUCUACAGCGCGUUUUCGGUAAACCAAAGUGCCGUGGGCUUCGCUACCCUGGCUUGA